CUAUUGGAAGCCUCAUUAUUUUACAGAUAUAUCAGUCAUCUUAUAUAAAUACACAAGCGUAUUUUUGGGAAUAUAUAAAACAUGCCAUGCAUUCACUUUGACAAGAGAUUUAUUGCCACGUAUGCUGGAGUUGCCGCAGUAGGUGUUUUUGCGGUGUGUAUUCUGAGGACCAAAGGCUGCACGAAUAGCAUUAUAUCGUUUUUUAGUCAUUGUAAGGAAUCCAUUCUUCGGCUUAAACGUAAAAAAUUACACGAUCCAAGCCAUUCACAGGGGGGUAACACAACGGAUGGUGGUCGUUCGCUAUCCUUUCAUCAACGAGGCUACACGGAGGAGGAGCUUAUGCAAUACGAUGGUGUCAGGAAUAAACGAAUUCUCGUCAGUCUUCGGCGGAAGGUUUUUGAGGUUGGGGAUUCGCUUUACGGCCCUGGUGCGGCUUAUCACAUCUUUGCAGGCAAAGAAGCAUCUCGCUGUGUGGCAAAGUCGAUUCUAGAUGAAACGCAGACGAAUAAGUACUGGGCGGAUUGUACAGAGGAGGAAUUACAAGCCCUCGAUGAGCACUUGGCGUUGUUCGAAAAAAAGUAUCCUGUUGUGGGAUGGUUUAUACCGAAUGAUAACUUUUAUGAAUUCUGAGCGCUCCAUCAUUGUAUACACAGGGGGAAAGUGGGUAAGUGGCGAGUUGGAUCUCAUUUAACAACAACAACUCAACUGUUAAUACUAAUAAAGCUAUUAUAUAAAUAUACUACAAAAGAGGCUGAACCAUGACGCAAUACAAUCAGAUACUCUAGAGCAAGUAUUUUUUUUUUUGCAAUUUACUUGCUCUACCUAUUUACAAUAUGCAACUGUCUUGCCAAUAUAUACUAAAUAAACUAUUCAGGCCAUUUUUUGAUUGCUUCUGAAUAGAUAUUUUUAAAAAACUGGUGUUGCUGUGACUUAAACAUUACUUCAGUUGGGGAAGGCUUGUAAUUCCCGUUUCCCGAAGUUCAACAGAAACUGUCUUACCUUUCACAUUUACUAAUUGGGAUGUGGAUGUAGAAGCUCGAGUGCAUGUUAAAUAGAAUUAUAGACAUCAUUCGCACGCAUACAUGUGUCUGAAAAAACGGUAUCACUUUCAAUGCAUGGGAGCUGAUUAACGUUUCAUUUUUUAUUGAUUUCCAUUUAAGGCAGAUAAAGUGGUUAUGUGGCUUUGUAUCUCACGGCUGCAUCAUCGCUGUAUUAUAAAACAGAAUCAUAGAAUACUCACUUAUAAUUUAUACACGUUGGUAAA